AUGACGGAACACAAGCCUGAACUUCCCACUCAAGAUCCCGACACCAAGAUGGGCGAGACAUUGAGUCUCCAAGGCUCAAUGCAAGUCGCAGAAGAAGGCGUCGACAAUAGAAUGGCUAAACGAAAGCUCCUACGACGAAUCGACUUCUGCCUUAUGCCACUCCUCCUUGUAUCAUACACCCUGCAGUUCCUCGACAAGCAAUCCCUCAACUUUGCCUCCAUCAUGGGCAUAAUCGACGACCUAGACCUCGUCGGCUCCCGAUACAGCUGGUGCAGCAGCGCCUUUUACUUCGGUUAUCUGGCCUUCAGCUAUCCCGCCUCCUUUCUAAUGGUCCGACUUCCUCUAGGAAAGUACCUCGCUGGUUCAAGUCUUGCAUGGGCGAUCGUUCUCUGCUGUCAUGCAGCCGUUCAGAACUUUCCGGGUCUUCUUGUAGCGCGUUUCUUUCUUGGUGUAGCUGAAGCUUCUAUUUCGCCUGGUUUUUCGCUUAUCACGGGCAUGUGGUAUACGAGAGAGGAACAGCCGUUUAGACAUGGAAUUUGGUUUUUGGGAAAUGCUAUUGCUACUAUGAUGGGGGGUCUGUUGGCUUAUGGUAUUGCGCAAAUUGGAGGUCCUUUCGCUGCUUGGAGGUGGCUCUUCAUCAUCUUCGGUCUCAUCACUCUCAUCUGGGCCAUCGUCCUACUUAUCUUCCUCCCCGACACACCCAACAGCGCCCGCUUCCUCUCCGAGCAACAACGUAUCGACGCCGUGGACCGAAUCCGAAUUAACCAGACCGGCAUGAAGAGCAAUAGCUGGAAGUGGGAUCAAGUUCGAGAAGUCGUUACUGAUCCUAAUGUUUUGCUUCUGAUGCUAUUUCAAAUCACUUUUAGCAUUCCCAAUGGCGCACACACGACAUUCAGCAGUCUUGUCAUGGCUGGGUUCGGAUUUAAUAGACUUGAAGUCUAUCUUCUUAACAUGCCCAUGGGCGCGAUCCUUGCGUUCUUCGCACUUGGAUCGACGUAUCUGUGCAGUCGCUUCGAUGGGUAUAGAACCAUCAUCGGUGCCUGCCUCAGUCUGAUCAGUUUGACUGGGUCACUUCUUGUCCGCUACGGUCCCAACCAGGGAAGUCAACUCUUCGGCCUUUGGGUAUUUGUCGCUUUUGCAGCUGGUUUCCCUAUCGCUUUGUCCAUGAUCGCUUCCAAUGUCGCUGGCUUUACUAAGAAGAGUGUUGCUUCGGCUAUGAUGUUUAUGGCUUAUACUGCUGGUAAUAUCAUCGGCCCGUUCCUGUUCUUUCCAUCUGAAGCGCCUGAAUACUCGAGCGGCUUUUUGGCGACGACCAUUUGCUUCGGCAUUUCUACACUGACCAUGCUUGCUCUGCGUUUCACGAUCAUCCGCGAGAACAAGCGUCGUGAUAAACUUCAGCAGAACAGCGCCGUCGUCCAGGAUGAUGGAGAUCAUCUUGAGAUCUCCGAUAUCACUGAUAGGAAGAACCUUAACUUCCGCUAUGUCUAUUAA